AUGGCAGCCGCCGCUACCAUCUCAGUGGACGAGGACCAGUUCAGCUGUCCUGUGUGUCUGGAAAUUCUGAGGGAUCCGGUGACCAUUCCCUGUGGCCACAGCUAUUGUAUGGACUGCAUUAAAGGCUACUGGAGGAAAACAGAGCACAAGGCAGGCUACAGCUGCCCUCAGUGCAGAAGAGGCUUUAACCCAAGGCCUGUUCUGGCCAGAAACACCAUGCUGGCUGAUCUGGUGGACAAAUUGAGAGAGGCUGGGGUCCAGGAGGCCCCUCACGGGCCGGCUAAAGCAGCAGAAGUGGACUGUGACGUGUGUUCUGGGAGAAAACGGAGAGCUGUGAAGUCUUGCAUUAAGUGCUUGGCUUCCUACUGCGAGGUUCAUCUCAAACAGCACAACGAGCGUGACCGCUCCAAAACCCACAGACUGACGGAGGCCACGAGACACCUUCAGAAAAGAGUGUGCUCUCAGCACAGCAGGCUGUUUGAGCUCUACUGCCGCACAGACCAGCAGUUUAUUUGCUGCCUUUGUACCACAGAUGGACACAAUGGACAUCACACAGUAGCAGCCUUGGAGGAGAGGACUGAAAAGCAGAGGCAGUUAGAAGAGGCCUUCAGAAGAUCAAAACAGAGGAGCAAAGAGAAAGAAAAGGAGCUUAAAAGUAUUAUGAAAUACCUCAAGCGUUCCGCGCAGGCAGUGGAAGACGACAGUGAGAGGAUCUGCACCAAACUGAUCCGCUCCAUCGAGAGGAGGCACUGCGAAGUGAAGGAGCUGGUCAGAGCUGAGGAGAGGGCAGCGCUGGCCCAGGCAGAGGGACUGCUGGAGGGCCUGGAGCUGCAGAUAGAAGAUCACAGGAGGAGGGAGAACGAACUGGAGCAGCUCUCACACACUGAGGAUCAUAUCCAUUUCCUACAGAAAUGCAAGGCGCUCUGCGCUCCUGCUGAACUCGAGGAGUUGCCUUGUGUUGAUGUCCAUCCAUACUUCUCCUUGAUGAUCCUGAGAAGAGCCCUCACCGAGUUGAGAGAGCGAGUGAAUGACGUGUGCGACAGGGAGCUGUCCAGGAUCUCUGAUUUGAUUAAAGAUGAGCAGAGCGAGUCAGAUGAGACUCCCCCGGGUGUUCCUGUACAUACUGAAAUAGACUGCUGUGAGGUGACACUGGACCAGAACACUGCUAACUCCUACCUCUGCCUGUCUGAGGGGAACCGAAAGGUCAGCACAGGUUACGAGUCCCAGCACUACCCAGAUCACCCGGACAGGUUCGGCAGCUGGGCUCAGGUGCUGGGCAAAGAGGGCCUUUCCGGACGCUGCUACUGGGAAGUAGAAUGGGCUGGCAAAGGCGGAAUCGCUGUUGGAGUUUCUUACAAAGGAAUUAUCAGGCUUGGUGGAGGCCCGGAUGGUAAACUGGGCUGCAAUUCCAAGUCCUGGAUUUUGGACCUCUCUGACGGCCUUUGCACAUUUCAGCACAAUAAAAACAAGCUAGAGAUACCCACUCCCAUUUCACCUAAGAUAGGAGUCUAUCUGGACCACAAGGCAGGGACUUUGGCAUUUUACUGUGUCUCUCCGAGAGGGGAUACUAUGACCCUGCUCCACAGGGUACAAACCACGUUCUCUCAGCCACUCUACCCUGGAUUUUGGGUAGGGCUGGGCUCCACACUGAAACUGUGCCCCAUUUAUAACUUCUCAGCUUAG